UGCGGGACGAGGGGAGGGGAUAGUGAGUAGAGCAGAGCAAGUGUGAGAAAUUAGUGAGCGCCAGAUACAAAGAUACAUGGAUACAGCUACGGCUAGAGCUAGGGCUACAGAUACAAAGGGAGCAUGCAAUAAUUGUGGGCGUGUAUGGCAGCAGAUAAAUUACAAUGCAUAAUCCCACCGGCCUCAGCCGAGGUGGCAAGUGGAAAGUGGAAACAGUUACUCAGUCGCCCGACUCAUCCGCGCCGGGCAAUUACACCGAGAUUAUUCCACUCAUGCUACGGGAACAAAUUAUACUUAAACAAAAACAAAAACAAAAAAACAGUAUAAAUAAAUACAAGAAAAAAUGCAAAACUCGUGGAGAAAUGGAGAAAUGAUUGGCGCGGUGAUGGAAUCAAGGCAAAAUAACAUCUCUAGGCAAGCGGCAAACACAAAAGCAAGUCAAGUUCAAUUCAAGAAGCACGAUGUGACGAUUUUAAAAAGAGGUCCAGACUUCGGUGUACCGAAGGGCAAGUACCCUGGCAGUUCUUCAUCGUCAGCCUCCUGUUCGCCGCCUGCUUGGCCCUUGCCCAGAGCAGUGUGAUCCAUGGAUCUGCCUUAUCCUAUGCUCCUGUAG